AUGACAUUUUGUCAAUCUGUGAAAGCUCACUAUCGGCACAAAUUUGACCUCGAAUAUCAUGGAGAGCUGAAGGAGACGAGACUUCGAAAGUGCCAAGGGGGUGGGGGAUCAAGUGCGAGUCUGUUCACUAGCACAAAAAUCUACGAGAAGGGGACGGUCACCUGGUUUAGCAUUCAUCAAUGCUGGGACUCAUGUCAUCUGAAGAGAGAGCCCAUUUUCCAAGCUUUCGAGGCAACAGAGUCACGAGACUUGGCAAUGGACGACUCUGGUGUGUGUGCUCAAAAGCGAACCCGUUCGUCUCGACUGUGGCUGGUAAACCAGCCGAAAAGGCAGACGGCGGGAUUAGAACGAGCAUGCAUCGGUCUGGGUCUCACUCUGAAAUUUGCGGAUGGAAUUGAGUCCAAGCACAAGGGUAUGUUGGAGACCGUGAAUAUGUUGAGGAAAAGGAAAACAAUGGGUCGCGCCCGCAGGGAUUUUUACUCGGGCCAGCCGUCUGCUUAUGUCAUAGUCACGUGGUGUAGUCUCGUUGUGAUUCUCUUUCUGGGAAUCUAUGUUCCGAAUAUAGUAGGCGCAGGUGAAUACUGGAACAGAAGACCAUCAAACACAUUCAAUACCCAUUCGAUGGACAGUAUCAUUACUUUGUCCACUCCAUCCGUUUAG